AUGGUAUUGAACAGGACUGUUUUACUGAGACUAGAUAGUCAAGGUGAACCUGUCGUUGCACUCUCAUAUGGUCAAGGUGUUUUAACCCUGCCUUCUGUACCUCUACCCCCAGGUACUCCUAAAGGGACACCACUUUUCACAGUUAGAUUGGUGGUUACCGCAGGAUCUAAGGUAUCUAGAGAUGGUCUUGUAUGGACGAAUUGCCCACCUGAUAGCGAAACGGAGUUCGAUAGACACAAGUUUUACAAGAAGCAAAUUCGUGCCACUUUUCACAAGGAUGAUAAGAUUGAUUUAGAUAUCUUUAGACCAGGACCUUACUGUUUCUAUCUAUCGUUUAGAAAUAGAGACGGUAAAUUAGAAACUACUAGGAAAUUUUACUUUGUUGCUCCACCCAUUCUACACGUAGAUGGUAAGUUGGUUAAAUUAGAUUCUGUGGCUUUACAAACGGUGGUUUCCAAAUGGAUGGGUAAAAAUUGGGAUGCUGUUUUCGAGAGGAUUGCCGCCAAAAAAUACAACAUGAUUCAUUUCACACCUUUACAGCGUAGAGGUCACUCUAAUUCUCCUUAUUCCAUCUAUGAUCAGUUGGAAUUUGAUCCUGAUCACUUUAGUAGCACUGAGGAAGUUAAACAGAUGGUCCAUAGGUUGCAUACCAAAUACAAGGCUUUAACCUUAACAGAUGUGGUCUUUAACCAUACUGCAGACAAUUCUAAGUGGUUGAGGGAACAUCCGGAAUCUGGUUAUAAUGCUAUCACCGCUCCUCAUUUGAUUCCUGCUAUCGAAUUGGAUGGGGCUCUAUUACAAUUUAGUAAAACAAUGGGUCAACUGGGUUACCCCACGGAUUUACACAAUUCAAACGACUUAGACCAUGUGAUGGAAGGAAUUGACGUUCACGUGCUACAAGCUAUCAGAUUAUGGGAAUACUACGUGGUUGAUGUUCGCGGUACUUUGGAUCAAUUACAGGGAUAUUGGAAUGGACUCACCACAGACCCUGAUUUAAAACUUCCAUUGGAUUCAAAUUCUCCGGUGAAAGAAAUUGCCCGCUACGUUCGUGAACAUGCAACUGUUAAACCAUUCGGUAUCUUGGGUUCUCGUUUUGUCAACAAAGUAGAUGUAAUUAAAUUCGGAUCUGUCUUGCAAAAAUUGUACGGAAAGAAUUGGGAUCGAAACAUCUUGUCCAAAGCUGAAGAAAUUCUGAACGAACUGAAUUUACCUCUUUACAAGGACCACGAUAACGAUGUUAAUGAAAUUAGAAAUCAAUUAUACAACCGUAUCAAAUAUUCGAAGUUGGACCCAUCGGGGCCAAGACAGGGACCCAUCAACGAUAUAUUCCCCUUGACAGAACCUUAUUUCACCAGAUUUAAAGCUGAUGAUGGUAAGGACUAUGCAUUGGCAAAUAACGGUUGGAUCUGGGCAAGUGACCCCUUGAUUGAUUUUGCCUCUGGUGAAUCCAAGGCUUAUUUGCGUAGGGAAGUUAUUGUUUGGGGGGACUGUGUUAAAUUGAGGUAUGGUAAAGGUCCAGAGGAUUCACCUUACUUGUGGAAACGUAUUUCUGAUUAUGUGACUCAAAGCGCUUUAAUCUUUGAUGGUUUUAGAAUUGACAAUGCCCAUUCUACACCAUUGCACGUCGGUGAAUACUUUUUAGAUUUGGCUAGAAAGGUCAAUCCAAAUUUAUACGUUGUGGCAGAAUUGUUCAGUGGUUCUGAACAAAUGGAUUGUCUUUACGUGGAACGUCUUGGGUUAUCAUGUUUGAUUAGAGAAGCUAUGCAGGCUUGGACAGAAAGUGAAUUAUCCAGUUUAAUUCAUAAAAAUGGCGGCAGACCAAUUGGCUCUUACAGAUUUGUACCCAUGGACAACUUCUCCUACGACAGAGAUAUACAACUGAAUAGGAACUAUUGUUACCAUGAUGCAUCUGACGGAUCCAUGAAAUGUGUUUCUGAGAUUAUGAUUCCGCGUAUUUUGACCGCAGUACCACCUCAUGCUCUACUAAUGGAUUGUACUCAUGAUAAUGAAACUCCUAACCAAAAGAGAACCGUUGAGGAUACUUUACCUAAUGCAGCUCUUGUAGCAUUAUGCUCUUCAGCCGUUGGAUCUAAUUUUGGUUGCGAUGAAAUCUUCCCAAAGCUAUUGAACUUAGUUACUGAAUCAAGGACUUAUGAUAUUCAUGAUUCUCCCGGUAUUGGUAAAGUGAAAUCUCUACUUAACGAUAUCAGAAAGGAAAUAAAUGAACUGAGUAUGGAUGUGGAAGAUUCUGAGGCUUAUGUACAUCACGAUGGACAAUAUAUCACUUUCCAUCGUACUGAUGUAAAGUCCGGAAAAGGUUGGUACUUGAUCGCUAGAAUGAAAUUUGGUGAAAACCAAGGUGAUCAAAAAUUGGAACCCCAAACCUUCGCCCACACUACUGCCAAACCGUUGUUUGCCUAUUCUUUGGAAAAAACUGGUGAAGCUCCAAAUGAUCCCAAGUUAUUGAAAGGUGUUCCUACCAAAUUAGUCAAGUUGGAAGGUUUCAAAAUACAGUUUAAUGAAAAUUCCAAGAUUACUACUAUUAGUCUACCAGAUUAUUUCCCUCAAGGUUCUAUUGCGGUUUUUGAAACUCAACAUUUAGGUGUUGAUCAGAGUUUAGAUCACUUUAUCAGAUCCGGUGCCAUCCAGGCCACAAGUGGAUUAGACUUAAUCGCACUAAACUCUGUGCUAUACCAUUCAGACCAAGAGGAGAAUGAUAUCACUGAUGGCUCUACUGGCUCUUACGAUGUCCCUAAUUUCGGUAAAUUGAUUUAUUGUGGAUUACAGGGAUGGAUUUCUGUACUUAGGGGCAUUGUCUUUAGCAACGAUCUAGCUCACCCUUUGAGUGAAAACUUGCGUGAAGGUACUUGGGCUCUUGACUAUUUGGUUGGAAGACUGGACCACUAUCGCCACGAACCCGGCGUUGCCGCUGUACAGGACUGGUUACGUAGCAGAUUCGACAGAAUCAAACAAUUGCCUUUCUACUUGAGACCCAGUUAUUUCGCCCUAACGGUAGCUAUCAUAUAUGACACCUGUCGUUUGCGUGCCGUACAAUUGAUGCCUACUAUGAUUGGCAAAUCUACUUUGUUUGUUCAGAGUUUAGCAAUGACUUCUAUUCAAAUGGUCACAAGGAUGAAAUCCACUUCGAUAUACCCAGAUCAUCUAGUCCCCUCCAUGGCAGCAGGUUUGCCACACUUCAGCACUGGGUGGGCAAGAUGUUGGGGUAGAGAUAUCUUCAUUUCCCUAAGAGGGUUGUUGUUAACGACCGGUAGGUUUGAUAUUGCUGAAGAUCACAUCCUGGCGUUUGCCAAAACUUUAAAACAUGGGUUGAUCCCCAACUUGUUAGACUCUGGUAAAAAUCCUCGUUACAACGCUCGUGAUGCUGCAUGGUUCUUUAUCCAAGCGGUCCAAGAUUACAUUGACAUCGUUCCCAAUGGGGAAUCGAUUCUGCAAAAGAAAGUCACAAGGAGAUUCCCAUUGGAUGAUACCUACGUGCCUGUGGACGACCCAAGAGCAUUUCAACAUACCAGUACUAUUGAAGAGAUCAUUUAUGAAAUCUUCAGUAGACAUGCAAAUGGUAUCAAGUAUAGAGAAGCCAACGCAGGUCCUCAAUUGGAUAGGGUCAUGUCAGAUCAGGGCUUCAAUGUGGAAGUUCAUGUCGAUUGGUCUACAGGUUUUGUCCAUGGUGGCUCGCAAUUCAACUGUGGUACUUGGAUGGAUAAAAUGGGUGAGAGUGAGCGUGCUGGUUCUUACGGUGUUCCUGGAACGCCCCGUGAUGGUGCCGCUGUUGAAAUCAUUGGUCUAUUGAAAAGUUCUCUAAGAUUUGUCAAUGAGUUGAGUAAGAAGGGUUUGUUUAAGAAUAUUGAAGUAAAGAGGGAAAAUGGUUCUCAAAUUACUUUCCAAGAAUGGGAGGAAUUGGUUCAAAACAAUUUCGAGAAGAAAUUCUACAUUCCCGAGGAUCCUAAGGAUGAUGAGAAGUACGAUAUCGAUUCCAACCUGGUUAACAGAAGAGGUAUCUACAAGGAUCUUUACCAUACUGGUAAACCAUACGAAGAUUAUGAACUAAGACCUAAUUUCACCAUUGCGAUGACUGUCGCCCCCGAAUUGUUUACGCCUGAAUUGGCCCUGGGGGCACUCAACAUUGCUGAUAAGGUUAUUAGAGGUCCAAUUGGUAUGAAAACUUUAGAUCCAAGCGAUUACAACUACCACCCAUACUACAACAACGGCGAAGAUAGUGAUGAUUUUGCAACUUCUAAAGGUCGUAACUAUCACCAAGGUCCUGAAUGGGUUUUUUUAUACGGUUACUUUUUGAGAGCUUUCUACAGUUUCCAUUACAAGACAAACCCGGCAUGUCAAAGCAAAAAGGAUAAAAGUCCUUCUUCUUACUUGUACCAAGAAUUGUCUCACAGAAUUGAUCGUCUCUCUAAAUGGAUCGCCGAGAGCCCCUGGGCAGGUAUCACCGAGUUGACAAACAAAGAUGGAGAAUUCUGUGGUGAUUCCAGUCCUACUCAAGCCUGGAGUACUGCAUGCCUGUUAGACAUGUAUCACGACUUAUGGGUAUCGUUUGAGCAAUAA